UCGUAUAUAGUUCGAAUAUAGUUCGAAAUGACUGGUCGUGGUAAGGGAGGAAAAGGAUUGGGAAAAGGAGGAGCGAAGCGCCAUAGGAAGGUCUUACGUGAUAACAUUCAAGGUAUCACCAAGCCAGCCAUUCGUCGAUUGGCUAGACGUGGCGGUGUCAAGCGUAUUUCUGGCUUGAUCUAUGAAGAGACCAGAGGUGUCCUGAAAGUCUUUCUGGAAAACGUCAUUCGUGAUGCUGUGACCUAUACCGAACACGCCAAGAGGAAGACUGUAACAGCUAUGGAUGUGGUUUACGCUCUGAAACGCCAAGGAAGAACUCUUUAUGGUUUCGGUGGUUAAUUCGCUUUAUCACUUCUCAAAAUCAAGUCACAACGGCCCUUUUCAGGGCCAACAAUUUUUUAUACGUCGGAAUUUUCUCUUAAAGCAUAUCUGUACUA